AAUUGAUGUCAAUUGGACAUUUUCGCAAGGACGUGCGUUUGAAGUAAAGAUGCAGCCGCAUAAUGAGAGUAUAGGCUAUAGGUCUGGUUUGAGCAUAACUCCAGACAUGGUCCAGCAUUUGUAAAUCGACAGGAAGCAUGAUUUAUCGGACGUUGGCGACUGGACGAGAGCAAGCUGCACGCACCUGUAAUGUUCGUUGUCGCGACACGGCCUGAAAGUUGAUUUCAAGAAAGACUGGGCAGAUAUUCUGCACAUGCGUUGCAUAUAAUAAUAAACUGCUAUACAAACAUUUGGUAGGCUUAUGAUGCCGCAAUGUUUUGAGAACGAUAUGAGACAAAUUCCACAGUAUAGGUAAAUGACUCGAGCGAGGUGACCGGUGAAUAGCCUAGUGCCAUUACAUAUUUGAUCUGAGGCAACAGCCCACUGGGCACACACUGGUUAAUUCAACGUUGUUUCCACGUCAGUUGAACCAGCGUGGAGUACACGUUGAAUUUACGUCUCUGCCCAGUGGGAGGCGAUCCAUAUUCCAUAUCUGAGGUAUUGUAUAGAGAAUAACAACGUAUUGUAUGAGACCUACAGUAGGAUAACACCCACGUGAAGGUCAACGUUAUACAUAAACCUGACAGUUCAUAUAGUGGUUAAACAUUCCCUUAACAUAACAAGAGUUGGGUGUCACACGAAACGUGACACACACACGUGCAGGGGGAGUGGAUACUGUACUUAUACAGUAUUUCAGAAGGUUGGGGUUGGGGAGUUCGGUGAUGUCCACAGUCCUGCGGUCUGCGUCCUGGCAACCUGUAUGAUUCAAGGAUUUUGCAAAGACUUGAAUAGGUUUGCAGUUGUAUUUCUACUUAAAAAUACAAAAUAUAAUUUUCGAUUCGCUAUGUCGCAUGUUGGAGUGGAUAAAAAGGGCAAUGAUCUAAACUUGAUGUUAAUGGUGACGUCAUGUGCCAUUGGAGGCACUCUUCAGUAUGGCUACAACCUUGCCAUAAUGAACGCACCCACCAUAUUCAUUCAGAACUUUGUUAACGAGACAUUUCGGGAGCGCUGGGACGUGCAGCUGAAGAACUACCAGGUCACUCUGGUCUGGACUUGCAUUGUGUCCAUCUACUCCCUGGGAGGGCUGGCCGGAGCUCUUAUAGCUGGACCCAUGAGCAUAACCUUUGGAAGGAAGAAGACUAUGCUGUUGAAUAAUAUUUUCUUGAUGCUGAGUUCACUCCUAGCGUUGACCAGCAGAGCUGCCAAGUCUUUUGAGAUGAUCAUCAUCUCCAGGGUCCUGGUUGGAAUCAAUGCUGGGAUCAGUAUGAAUGUGCAACCCAUGUAUUUUGGUGAGAGUGCUCCCAAGCACCUGCGAGGGGCUGCUUCCCUGUCAUCAGCCAUCUUCACAGCGUUUGGAGUGGUGUUAGGACAGGUCGUGGGCCUCAGGGAGAUCUUGGGCAGUGAGCCCUAUUGGCAAUACCUACUGGCCAGUAAUGCCAUCCCAGGCCUCAUCCAGCUCCUCACUCUCCCCUGGUUCCCAGAAAGCCCUCGAUACCUCCUCAUAGACCGGGGGGACAAGGAAGCCUGUAUCAAUGCUCUGAGGCGUCUGCGUGGCUGUGAGGUCCAGAGAUCAGAGCUGGAUGAGAUCCUCCAGGAGCAGGCUGAGGUUAAAGGCCUGAGGCCCAGCAGACCCUGGGAGCUGUUCGCUGACCGUAAUGUGCGCUGGCAGGUGAUCUCUAUCAUCACUCUCAGCAGCGCCAUGCAACUCUGUGGCAACGACUCCAUCUACUUCUAUGCAUACUAUGUGUUUAAAGAGUCCGGGAUCUCUCCGGAUAUGAUCCAGUAUAUCACCAUAUGCACUGGUACAUGUGAAUUCACAGCCUGUAUAAUAUGUAACCUGCUGAUUGAGCGACAGGGCAGGAAGAUUCUUUUGAUGGGAGGCUACGUUUUAAUGAUGGUCUGGGCCAUUGUCUUCACUAUAGCUCUGUGUUUUGAGCACAAGGUGGACUGGAUGCCCUACUUGAGUAUGGCCUGUAUCUUCACCUAUAUACUCAGCUUUGGCAUGGGCCCAGCUGGAGUGACAGGGGUCCUCCCUACAGAGAUCUUUAGCCAGACUGCCCGUCCAGCAGCCUACAUGAUAGCUGGCUCAAUGAUGUGGAUCAACCUUUUCAUUAUGGGGAUGAUCUUUCCGUUCCUGGUGAGUGAGCUGGGUGAGUUCUGCUUCGUCCCAUUUGCUGCUGUCUGUUUCCUGUCUGCUCUGUACGUGGGCCUGGUUCUGCCUGAGACCAAAGGGAAGACCCUCUCAGCCAUCGCCAACGAGUUCAACAAGCUCAACUACAGGGGCCAGGACAAGCAAGGUCUACCUGCCCCUCAGGCACAGUAUCAGCUGGGAGAGGUCUGCCACUCCACUGCCCUGUAGGCCUACUGCUCUCCUACCUAUGACCUACGACUUCUACCAUUGACCACAGUACUAUUUAUGGUUAAUUAAUUAAUUAACCUUAAUUAACUGGGAGAUCCAAUUGAGGUCAGAAUACCUUUUUCCCACAGGAAACCAGGUUUUCCAUCGUCUUGGGUUUGGAAAAAGCAUGCAAAGAUGGUGUAUUCCCUUUCAUUAAAAUGAAAGUACAGUAAGUCAAUUUUCGGCAAUAAACUCUUGGAGAGAAUAAUUAUUGUUUUGAGCACAGAGAUCCCAUUAAAGUUAUAAUAUGUAAUUAUGUAGUAUUGAAUGGAUUGAGUGAAAGCUUUAUGUACAAAGGGUGCUAAGGGAUGGACUGUCUUUACUUUAAAAGAUGGUCAUUUUAAUAAUGUGCCUUUGGCAUCAAGUAGUGUGCACUUUUAGUCUACCAGUACAGAAGAAAAUGCAAUGUUGUGGGUCCCAUAUCUUGAGGGUGAAUGUAAUCCACAUCAAUAUUUAAUGGUGAAUCUCAUAUACACUGAUCAGUGAAGUUAUGUUUUCAUUUUUUUAGGACCAAUAUUUACAAAUCCCUGUGAGCCUGUUUAUGCCGUAUCAAUCACAUAUUGCCUUGUGAUGAAAAUGAAGAAAGUAUAUUCAAAUCAAA